UGUAAAAAUAGAUUUAGAAACUGGGUGGGAAAUCGUGGGGGGUGGUCACAAACUCACAAUCUUUGUUGACACCGGGAGUGGGUGUUGUGACCCAGCAACGGAUUAAUGAGAGUGGCCAUGCUGUUGACUGAGGCGACGUGUCCUAAACUCAGUGGUGUGGGGUCCCUUCUCUUAAGUCAUUUGUUCCAGUUUUGCCAAGUGGGUUAUGUUAAUCAUUUUUUAAUUAUUCAUAAAGAUCACGCUGAAAUCCGAAACUUCUUAAAUGAAAUCCCGAUUUUGAAUAUCGAAAUUACAACCUCACCCUUUCGUUUAGGUGAAAGGAAAGGAAUGGGAUGGAGGGGCGAGGACUGAAAUGGAAACAGACAAAGAUUAAAAUGCCUGAAAGUAUGCUAUAAAUAUGGUAUUAGGAGAUUUGAUUCGAGUUUACCCUUUUAGCUUAUGAGGAAUGAUUGAUUAACUAAAUCUCAAACACCAAAUAAGUUUGCAGUUGCCGCCGCUCUUCUGCUCUCACUUUUUAUCUUUUAUCACUCCACUCACUCUUUCUCUGUUUCUUUUUGUUCUUUGUGUUUUUGAGUUACGAAAAAAGCACAAGUAGAAAAAGGAUGGCAUCUGAUGAAAGUAUGACGGUUGUUUCCUCUAUGCCGGAAGAUGAGUUGGAUGAUAUUGAUGUUGGGUUUGAUCAUGAUCAUCACCCUCAUCCACAUAACUUGUCUAGGCUAUCCAUGUGCACUAGUUCCAUGUACGAGGAUGAGGAUGAUGAUGACCGUAUGGGGAUGUAUAUGUCGAGAUUGUCCAUGGAAAGCUUUGAUGCGGAUAUUGAGGAAGAGUUCUUCAGCAAAGAAUUGCUUGAACUCUCGUCUGACUCUGACAAAGAACCUGGUUGUUAUUCUCUUCCGGCCUCGCCACCCCGUCGGAAUCCGACUAGGGGGCUGUCUCACCAGCUUAUGGGAGUGGUCAAAGAUUAUGCCAGUGAAAAUGAAGCUCUAAAGGGGGGUUAUGGAAGGCCAAAAGGGAGCAAGAAUUUGAGGAAGAGGAGGGUUAUAAGAGAAAGAUGGGCAGGCAAGGAGAGUAAAAAUAGUGGCAAAAAGAAAGAUAUGGAUUUCAUGGUGGGUUAUAGUUAUUACAGUGGAAGUUUUAGCGGGGAGAGUGAAGCGGGUAGUGCGGGUGUGGUGGUGAUUACUAGGCCAAAAGGAGGCAAGAGGUCGCUGUGUAUGGACCUGGAGGAAGUGAAGGCGUGUAGGGACCUGGGUUUUGAGUUAGAACAUGAGCUUAUGUUGGAGAUGCCCAGUGCCAGUCGUGUUUCACUCUCAGGUUCCACUCUUGAUACUACCAGUAGCGGUGGCAAUUCUCCCAUAGCCAACUGGCGUAUCUCUAGCCCUGGUGACGACCCCAGGGAUGUCAAGGCUCGGCUGAAGGUGUGGGCACAAGCAGUGGCGCUUGCAUCCUCAUCCAGGCAUUGCGGUUGACAAACUAUCAUCCACUACUAUUUUUGGUUCCCAGUUUUAUUUCUUUUUCAUUUCAUCGAAAUCCUUACGUCGGGAAGGAUUUAGUACAUUUUCUUCUUCAAUUUGUUUCCUAGAAAAGAAGUUUUCCAGAGAUUUAUUCGAACUUUUAUUUUUUUUUUUUUUUUAUCUGUUGGGCAUCUUUUUUAAAUUACUAAUGUACAGCUUUCCGCUUGUAAAUAUAACUCGGUCGAAUAUGGAGUCAAAAUGCCAAAUAGCAGGUUUAAACUACACUUUGGCUUGGUGAA